GAACAGAUACAAAGUGAACUCACAAGGCAUGCUAAAUAAGAGAAAGUUGAAAAAAAGUUGAGAAAAUCGAAUUGGGAUAGUAAUGUUGACAAUGUUGGAAUGGUGCAUCGGAAUUGUGACUAUCCUAAUGAUUAUCCUCAUAUACUUUGCAUAUAUCUUCAAAUUCAAUUGGGUGAAUGUUAGUGAUUUGAGAACUGAGAUUAAGACCCGCAGCUUUUACGAGAGUAACAAAAAUCGAAAGGUAGGCAAAGAACUACCACCGGUCUAUCCAAACGGAUGGUUCGCUUUGCUUGAAAGUUCACAAAUAAAAAGUGGUCAGGUGAAACACGUGUCUGCUCUUGGCGAAAAUUUUGCAGUGUUUAGAACCGAAAAAGGCGUUGUGAACAUUUUAGAUGCAUACUGUCCCCAUUUAGGGGCAAAUAUGGCCGAGAAUGGCCGUGUUAAAGGAGAUUGUCUGGAGUGUCCUUUUCAUAGCUGGACGUUUCGCGGAGAUAAUGGCUAUUGCGAGAACAUACCUUAUACUACAAAAGUGCCACAUGUCGCUCGAGUGAAAGUUUGGAAGAGCUGCGAAGUGAAUAACAUUAUCUUCGUUUGGUACCAUUCUGAAUCAGCUGAGCCAGACUGGCAACCCCAGUCGCGUACAUGUAUCUCUAAUAGGUCUUGGCGUCACCAAGGUCGCAAUGAGUACCUUAUCAACUGUCACAUACAGGAUAUAACUGAGAAUGGGCCUGAUGCAACACAUCUCAACCCACUGCACGGUCCCGUAUCCCUUUCUGGCCAAUUUUCUUGGUUAGUUCGGCACGUGUGGAUCACUCGCACAAAAUGGCGGCCAAAUUGCCCAGAUGAUAACCAGGCGGACGAAGAUGAAGAAGCAGUAGAGAUGAGCACCAAGAUGAACGAUGUGACAAUCCACUCGAUCAAGAACGUCAACGGGAAUCGUCACUUUACAGACGCACAGAACAGAGACAGAAGGGAGAAGCACAAGGCUACUGUACGCCUAUGCCAUAAGUUGAUGAUUUUAGAACGUUUCAGCAUAUUGGAGUCCGAUGUACUCGCCGAGAUAAACGGACCUGGCAUCAUCGAACUAAAUAUCAAGACGUCGUUUGGGUCUUUGUUCAUUUUAUUGACAAUAACGCCGAUCGAACCGCUGCUGCAACGAGUGAUCCAUUAUAUCUAUUCGCCACUUCUGUUGGCGCCAUACGCUAGUUUGCUAUUUGUAGGUGAACGCGUGAUGUUUGAGCGCGACGUUAUGAUCUGGAACACCAAGAGGUUCGAGCGACAUCCGCUCCUGAUGCCCGAGGAUCGUAACAUUCAAGUAUAUCGCCGUUGGUACUCACAGUUUUAUUCUGAGCAUAGUCCCACCUAUGAGACAACUAUAAAAGAUUUACAGUGGUAGCAAUACUCCUCCCAGUAUCCGGAAACAGAUUGAAAUAAAUUGAAAUAGGUUCAUUUGGUAGUUGCUAAAUACAAAUUUUUGAUUUUAUG